UCUGCAAUUACAUGCUUGACCACAAAGCCUGAAAAAAAGAAAGAAAGAAGUUUUCAGCCUCGUCUUUCAUACGGCAGACAGAAAUAGAAUAGUUUUCAUGUCUGUCUGGCCUGGAGCCCAGCUGGAGCUGCCUGCCCAGCGCAGAGAUGUGGGCUUCACUCUAAAGCAAAUCUUAAGGUCAUUUUAGUCUGCAGCAGCGGCGUGUGUGCUUCACAGACUCUUGGGCUCUGAGCAGCGCUGCUCUUUAAAGACGGAGAGGAUGAAGACCUGGGGGAGUUCCUAACUCUUCUCUCAGUGCUGAGGCCUGCUGCUGUUGCUAUGUGUCAGUGGGGUGUAGAAUGGCGGCUCCACAGAACUCCAGAAGCAGCAGCUCUUCCUUAUCUACGGCCAAGAGGAUGCACGCCAUUCAGGUGGACUCAGUGCAGCGCUGGAUGGAAGAUCUGCGCCACAUGACGGAGGUGGAGUGUAUGUGUGUUCUACAGUCGAAGCCCAUUGGAGUGGACGAGGACUCUCCGGGCGAGCUCAUCGUGUCCGGUGCAGGCGCAACCGGCGAUCAUGUGACCCGCGACAAUCUGCAGACGCUGCUCAAGAGGGCGCUGGUGGUCAGCACUGAGCUGGGGAAAAUGUUCCAGAGGCUGGAGCGGGGCCGCUGGCAGCGUGUCCACGGCACGGCCGUCAGGGCCAACUGCCACGUCCGCUCACUAGUGCACGAGUACAGCGCUGCCCGGGGCACGCCCGCACACAUGCAGAAGUAUGAAACAGCCCUGCUGGAGAAGUGCAUGGAGCUCACUGUCAUUACUGAGAGGUGCCUUCACACUGAUGAUGAGUAUUUCCUGAAGUCAAUGAAGGAGGCCAUUCACGAAAUCCUCACUGACGUCAGUGACUCCUUCAGCCAAAUGAUUGACAUGGCCCUAGCCAAUGAAAUACAAAUCCUGAUCAAGCAGGUUGAAGAAUCAGACGAUGUGUUCAUCAUUGAAAACGCCAUCAGCAACCUGCUGUCUCUCACUCAGGAUGGACCACAGCUGUGCAGCAUCAUUGCCAAGGAAGGAGCGGUGGUGGCUCUGCUGAAGAUCUGCAGGCAGGACUGCUUCAGCAGCCUCUACGCUCACGCACUAAGGACCGUGGCCUCCAUCUGCUGCGUGGAGGAAGGCAUCACCCAACUGGAAAAGGUGGACGGUGUCCUGUGUCUCGCUGAUAUCCUGACGGACGAGGCGUGUGCAGAAGCAGCUCGAGCUGAAGCAGCAGCAGUCGUGGCUCAGAUCACUUCUCCUCACCACACGUCCACUCAGCACCUGGCCAGCUUUCUGGAGAGCAUGCAGGACAUCGUCACUGCCCUCAUCAAGCUGUGUGAGAGCGCCUCAUGUGGAGAAGUGUUCCUCUUAGCGUCCGCUGCUCUGGCUAACAUCACCUUCUUCGACAGCAUGGCGUGUGAGAUCCUGCUGCAGCUCAACGCUGUUCACAUUCUCCUUCAGGCCUGCAGGGACCGCCAGCGAGUCGACACGCCGUACUCUAAAGACCAGGUUGUGACAAUUUUGGCAAAUCUGUCUGUGUUGGAGCAGUCCGCCUCUGAGGUUCUGCAGGAGAACGGAAUUGAGAGGCUGCUGCUGUUGUUGGGUGAGAAGCCUUCAUCCUCCAAUCCAUCAGAGGGCGCUGCGUGUGAGCGGGUUCAGCAGAAGGCCGCCGUCACGCUGGCUCGUCUCAGCAGAGACCCGGAUGUCGCACAGGCUGCCAUUCAGCUUCAAGCUGUGCCACGUCUCAUUGAGCUGUGCCGUUCUCCGGCUGAGAGGAACAACAGCGACUCUGUGCUGGUCGCCUGUCUGGCUGCUCUGAGGCGACUGGCCGCUGGGUGUCCAGACAGUAUCGCUCCAUCUGACCAUCAGCAGCUCAUUAAGCCAAGACUGGUCGACUCGUUUCUGCUCUGCUCCAACAUGGAGGAAAGCUUCGUCUGAGUAAUUCUCCAGAUCCACGUCAGAAGAUCUGACCCACCAGACUGGAAUAAAACUCUAAUAUUCAUAAUAUAAACUACAGACACUUCAUAAGAGAUAUAUGUUUGUACUUUUGAAAGCUUGAACAGCAGCUAAAUCUCUAAAUCAGCAGAAGCACCUGCCUUUUUUUUACCUGCACAUUUUUUAAAAGCUUGAGAUAUUUAUGUAUUAUUAAAUACAUCUGUUUAAAAAAUAGAGAAUGGAAAAAAUCAGAGUGGGUGUACAUGCACAACCUGAAAAAAUCUUUUAAAAAAAACAAAAAAGCUUGUUUAUGUUUGCGAAAUAGGAAUAUUUAAAAACGCAUUUGUUAUCACACAUAUCAAACGUAAAACAACAAUUGCUUAAUUGCUUAAAUUAAUACAGAUCAUCUGUCCAAAAUGUGUGACGUAAAUGGAAAGAAGCUAAUUUUGAUAACCGUGUUAAUGCUUUUACUUUGAUGUCGCUUUUAAUGUCGAUUUUUAUUUAAAGAAAGUGAUUAUAAGGCAAUAAAAGCUGCUGCUUUGA